CCGGACUCUACUCGGGACGGAAGUGGUUCCGGUUUGUGAUGUCACGGAUCUGUGCAUGCUUCGAGUGCAGCCUCUAUAAAAGUAAGUUGUAGUCUACCCGAACUGAUAUAAUGGGGAUAUUGGAGAAAAUUGCGGAGAUAGAGAAAGAAAUUUCUCGGACACAGAAAAACAAAGCCACUGAGUACCAUUUAGGUUUGCUCAAGGCCAAGCUCGCCAAAUACAGAGCUCAACUUCUGGAGCCCUCCAAGUCAGCGGGGGCCAAAGGCGAGGGCUUUGAUGUAAUGAAAUCUGGUGAUGCUCGUGUAGCUCUCAUUGGUUUCCCCUCUGUGGGUAAGUCCACCUUUCUUAGUUUGAUGACCUCAACUGCCAGUGAAGCUGCUUCCUAUGAGUUCACCACCCUCACCUGCAUACCUGGUGUCAUAGAGUACAAAGGAGCCAACAUCCAGUUGCUUGAUUUGCCUGGAAUCAUUGAGGGAGCUGCCCAAGGUAAGGGUAGAGGUCGUCAGGUCAUUGCUGUUGCCAGGACGGCAGAUGUUGUCAUCAUGAUGUUGGAUGCUACUAAAGGAGAUGUCCAGAGAGCACUCCUAGAGAAAGAGUUGGAAUCAGUGGGCAUCAGACUCAACAGGACAAAACCAAAUAUUUAUUUUAAGCAAAAGAAAGGUGGCGGCCUCUCCUACAACUCCACAGUUCCUCUCACCCACUGCUCAGAGAAGCUCGUUCAGCUCAUCCUUCAUGAAUACAAAAUCUUUAAUGCAGAAGUUCUCUUCAGGGAGGACAGCACACCUGAUGAGUUCAUCGAUGUCAUAGUUGGGAACAGAGUUUACAUGCCUUGUCUAUACGUCUACAAUAAGGUGGAUCAAAUCUCCAUUGAGGAGGUGGACCGUCUUGCUCGCAGACCACACAGUGUUGUCAUCAGCUGUGGGAUGAAACUGAACCUGGAUUACCUUUUGGAGAGGUUGUGGGAAUACCUGGCUCUGAUUUGUAUUUACACCAAAAAGAGAGGAGAGCGCCCAGACUUUGCUGACGCCAUCAUUAUGAGAAGAGCAGCAUCUGUAGAACAUGUGUGCCACCGAAUCCACAGAACCUUAGCCAGCCAGUUCAAAUAUGCCCUGGUUUGGGGAACCAGUACCAAGUACAGCCCUCAACGGGUGGGCUUAACACACAUCAUGGAGCACGAGGAUGUCAUCCAGAUUGUCAAGAAGUAAAGCCAUGAUUGGACGACUGAAACCAGAUUGGACAGAGGAGAGACUGAGCAGGAAUCACUGUUUUAUUGGAGGAGUUUAAAUGAGAACAAAUAAAAAACUAAGAUUACUGUACAGUAGAGAUACAACAAUGGAAAUAACCUCCAUUCUUAUUUUGUAUAUGAAAUUUAACAAAAACAAUAAGUUGAAAACAGGGAGUGACGCAGAUUUGAUGUUUGAACAGGAAAUGGUGUAUUUUAACUUUUGAUGAAAACACAUGUAUGCAGAUGCAGAAGGAAAUGGAGAAGAAAGAAUAAACUCCAUAAAAUCAUAAA